AUGUCAACUCGGCAAAACCAAUGGGAGAAGGAGUGGGUGGGUAAAAAGUGGUUGGUGGGUGCGAGAGAUAGGUCAGCGCCUCCAGAAGGCGGUGGUGCGGAGAUUGAUCAUCGAACGCCCCCAGAGUCGGUAACAAUCGCUCAGCGUAGGGACUGGAGGCCGCGCAAAGCAAAUGUACCGAUCACAGUAGUUCUAGAAGACACAGAGACACUCCCUUCUCGCGAAAAAUAA